AUGCCCCCCGGUUCCCGCCUCAGGCGACAGAGCACUGACGAGUCGCUCUCGAAGCCACGCGUGCUGACUCGUUCUCCUCCCCCUUCUCCUCAGGCCGACAAACCACGUCCCAGGGAGCCCUACCCAGUCCCCAGCAACAACCCGGCCAGUCAGUACACUCUGUUAGAGAAGCUGGGAACGGGGAGCUUCGGUACAGUGUACAAGGCCAUACACAAUGAGACGAAGCAGAUAGUAGCAAUCAAGCAAAUAGAUCUGGAAGAUUCAGAUGAUGAUAUUUCUGAAAUCCAGCAAGAGAUUGCCAGCCUUGCUCAGUGCGACUCUGAGUACGUCACGCGCUACUAUGGAUCCUUCGUAGUAGCGUACAAACUUUGGAUCGUGAUGGAAUACCUUGCCGGCGGUUCUUGUCUCGAUCUACUCAAGGCAGGGAUAUUUUCAGAAGCCCACAUCGCUGUGAUAUGUCGGGAGUUGCUACUAGGAUUAGAUUACCUUCACACUGAAGGAACGAUACAUCGCGACAUCAAGGCCGCGAACGUUUUGCUCUCGUCGUCGGGCAAAGUCAAACUCGCAGAUUUUGGCGUCGCCGCGCAACUCACGAACACCCUUCGCCACACCUUCGUUGGCACUCCCUUCUGGAUGGCCCCAGAAGUCAUCCGACAGGCGGGCUAUGACUCGAAAGCAGAUCUCUGGAGUCUCGGAAUCACCGCCAUCGAGAUGGCAAAAGGCGAACCCCCGCUUGCAGAGUAUCAUCCAAUGAGGGUGCUGUUCCUGAUUCCUAAAGCAAAACCCCCGGUGCUUGAAGGCGCGUUCACCGCGACAUUCAAAGACUUUGUGGCUCAGUGUCUCACCAAAGACCCUAAACUACGACCUACGGCCAAUGAAUUACUCCAGCACAAGUUCAUUCGGGGUGCACGUAAGACGUCGUACCUUACUGAGCUCAUCGAAAGGUACCAGGAUUUCCGCACGCGAUCGCCCCCGAAAGGCAACCAGAUGUAUCAGGCUUCAGUGCGGAAUAGCGUCGCCUGGGACGCGAACAACACCAUGCGUAGCGAAUGGAACUUCACAACGGUCAAGUCUGUUUCAGCGAUGGGCACCUUCCGUAGCAUGGCGAAAGAUUUGACUAUGCCACCGGGUAUGAUCCCGGACGAGGAAGACGAAGACGCGUAUGCAGCCGAGGACGAUCGUAACACGAUAGAUACUGGAGGCGCGACCAAAGGCAGUGACCCAUUGGUAAACGGCGGACUUGGUAUGAACCAUGACGCUGCACAUUCGACCGUCAUCAUCAAGCCACCGCCUGCGCCCAUAGAGAAGGAUCUACCCGCCCUUCUCGCCGAAGCGUCGACCAACCCAUCGGACGACGUGCCACAAGGCGCACCGCCAGCGUACACUGGUUCAAUAAGAUCGACAAACAGGCGAGCUUCUUAUGCGGCGCGCACCAACGUUGAUGGACCAGGAGCGUUGGUAGGAGAAGCUGAUUUAGGGACUGGUGUGGAUACGAUUCGGCCUGUGAAGAAGGUGGACGCCGCUGGCUCUCUGAGACUAUCCGCGGAUUACGUUGGGCAGGUCAGGAGAGAGGCUAGCAACGGUUCUGCUCCGCCAUCGCCCGUUGCGUCUUCACACAAACGGCGGGCCAGUGAGAUGGGGAAAGCUGGUAGAUCAAUAGUGGACGAAAUCGUAAUCCCAAUAAUCAACAAUGCCACUAGAGAUGACAUGGACGCCCGGGAGAUUGAGUCGCUCAGUAUGCUGUCACGGGGGUUCGCCGAGCUCAGAGACGCGAACCCAGAACUGGCCUACAGCGUCGUACUCGACAUCCUGUCGGGGAUCAAUGACAAUUCUGUCAAGCAACAUAUUCAGACUUCUCGCGGCUUGUUCCCCCACAAGCGUAUCAUACGCAAGAGUGAGAUGACGUCGAAGGGUCUCGUUGUGACCGAAGUUCAGGAAGAAGUCUCGGGUCUACCUUCGACUUCAGGACCUCCAUCCCCGGACGCCGUAGCGUCAUCGGCUGCAUCGACGAAGAGUGACGGUUCCUCUGGCGCUCGUAAAUCACCGAUAGCCGAAUUAUUAUAUAUGCGAUGGUUAGAAGGUCUCAAGCUUAAGUGGCCCAGUCUCAUGUAA